GUCCAACAAUGAAUCUCUCGCUCAGCUUUCAACCUCUCCGCGCACCCUCUUCUACCUCCUAGCCGUUAUUUCCUGCAAUCCUAAAUUUACCCAAACUUCUCACUUUCCCUCUCCGUUUCACUCUCCUAGACUCUCCGAUCUGCGGUUUCCGACCACCCCAAUACCGACCUCUGAGGUUCCCUAAAUAAAGGCUAAAAAAAACUAGUCCUCUUUUGGCAUCCUCACCACCUUGGUGUUUUGGGCGGCUCCGGUCGUUGAAUUUCGGCCGUCGACCUUUCAACAGGUGCGAAGAUGAAGAAUGCGAAGCAGAAGAGGAGGAGGAAUAGGCUUGGAACGUCCAAUCCCGUCCGGAACGAUGUUGCGGCGAACGAAGAAGACGAAGAGGGAAAGGUACCCAAGGCGUUAGUGGAGGCCUUCUCUUUGGCUUCUUUACACGACGCUAUUUCUGCCUACCGCCAAGCGAACGACGAUCGGGACAAAGCUGCACACGUAUUCGGAGAGAGAGUACCGGAUAUUGCCGAUUACCCGUCGGCCAAUUGGACUUCGGGUGCUAGCUCGUCGGGUUCAUCAGAGGGGUUUGUUGAGACAGGCUGUGUUCAGAACGUGGUGAAUGGGAAGGGCUUCCUAGGGAGUAAGCAGAAGAGAGUGGUUGCGGCGACAGGGACGGUUUCGACGGUGUUGGGGAAAGAGUACGUGAAGUCGAGGCCUCUAAGGAGGGACUCGACUAGGUUCAAAGGGCUUAAAAAUGGUUUCCUUGAGAUAGAAGAGGCUGAGCAGUUUCUGUGCUCGAUGCUCGGAGACGAGUGCGAGCUAAGUAUGGCUGUUGUUAGAGACGUGCUCGGUCAAUGUGGAUACGAUGUUGAAAAGGCCUUGGAUGCAUUGCUUGAAUUUUCUGCUUCCACAUUUAAUCAGUCCGGGAAUGGUAACUAUAAGGAAGAUAUAAGAUUUCUUUUCGAGCGCAAAGGCAGUUUUACAGAUAGGGCUUCUGAUUGCACUUCUUGUUCAUCUGAAAGUGAAGUUCUGGAUAAUAUAUGGUCUAUGGGCAAUGGUUACAGGAAUUACGCCAAGGUUCUUGCCAGUUCUGAAGAUGAUUCUAUACCAAGUGAAAGAAGUACUGAGUUAGAUCUACCUCAAAAGGUGUUGGAAUCUUUGUUUCACAUCUCCAAGAGUCCUAACCAUGAACCAAAGACAAGGAAUUGGAAAAAUGUAGUAAAGAAACUCCAGUCACUGGGUCCUGGGUUUGAUGUUUGUCCUUCUAGUGUUGCAGAACCUCAGCAAGAUACUUGUGCUAAAGGAGACGAAUAUCAUGUGUUCAGAAAGACUUCGCAGCAACACUGGGAUUCAAUGAAGUCUUACAAUCAGAAAGCUGCCGUGGCAUUUUCCAAGGGAGAACGACACAAUGCGGCCUACCUUUCCGAGCAGGGUAAGGUACAAAAAAAAUUGGCUCGAGAGGCGGAUGAAAGGGCAAGCCAGGAUAUAUUUAAAGCUAGAAACAAGGGCAUAGAAAAUGUGAUUACAAUCGAUUUACAUGGGCAACAUGUCAAACAAGCAAUGCAGUAUGUAAAAGCUCUCCUCUUACUUGGCACAUAUGCGCCCGCGGUUCAAACUCUCAGGCUUAUUACAGGAUGUGGGUCCCAUGGUGUAGGGAAGUCAAAGGUGAAAGAAUCGGUUAUCAAACUUAUGCAAAAGGAAGGUAUAAAAUGGAGUGAGGAGAACCAGGGAACGUUGCUAAUCAAACUCAGUGGAUCCAGAGAAUUCACCUUUAUGGAUUCUGAAAGUGAUACCGAGUAAAUUUACCAACUUAGUUACUUAGCAGUUAGCACUCACCUCUAGUUUUUCCUUUUCUUAUCGGAGUUUGUUGUAACAAUAGAGAACUCAUGUCUCAUAGUGCUCUUGCUUAGGGCCCAAAUUUGUUAUAAUAACAUAAAUGUAGAAACUCUUUCUUUCCAUAGGGUUGUUGAAAGGGGUUGGACAGCUUA